AUGCUCGUCGGCUUCGCCCUACCUCUUCUCGGCGCUUCCGGCGCUGCCUUCUCGUGGCCGCUCAUCUCCGCCUUCAAGCUGUCGAUGCCGGAGUCGAUGCGCGACAAGUGCAAGUACUGGUUCACGUGGAACUUCGGCAUGUCGGUCGCCUGGAUCUGCAUCCUCAUCACCCAAGCCUGCCAGUCGCUCAUCUCAGUGCGCUUCCACGCAGGCCUCGCAGAGAUGAUGACCCACCUGAAGCCGGCUUCUGUUGGCUCCCUGUUCGGCUUCAUCACCGUACUGGGUGGCGGCGUGAAUGCGCUUCCGACGCCGACCCCGACAGAGCGCGGGCCGCUGUUUGCUCCCGGGCCGCUUUUUGGCGCACGGACCAUCACCCUCUGGCCUCCGCCAUGGAAGGCCCCCACUAAGGGCGACGCAGAGAACCAGCACUGCGUGCCCUGCUUCGUGAACCGCGCUGAGAAGUACGGGGGUGGCACCGGAGUGCUUGCCCUUGCCCUCAAGAAGGACCACGACGCGAGCUCGUUUGACUCGUGGCAAUGCUCCAUCGUGUCCUACUCGACCGGGGUCGCAAACCCGGACAAGCUCCCCAUUGCGUCCGGUUCGUCGUUGUAUAAAGCCGAGACCAAAUGCUCUGGUGGCUCAAUCUCGCCGGGGGGUGAGACGGCGGACGAGCUGCGUCAGACGGGCAACGUCUGGAAGCUCAAUCAAGCUGGCGUGAAUUGCGACAUUGCGCCUGUCAACAUCUCCUCGAACCUCAUCCCUUACCCUUGGCAGGGCGACUGCAACAGCGUUGGCCACCCGGGCAAAACCUUCACUCAGCAGGUGUGGAGUAUCGUGAGCGAGCAGAAGACGCAGUGCUCCCUCUCCUGGAAGAAGGACGCCCCACAGACGCCUAUCGCUACCGGCAGCGCUGUGGACGGCAACAAGUGCACGUACAUGUACGGAGAUCAGUAUGUGAACAUCAAUGGGGGGCCCCUCACAGGUGCAGUUUCGCUGAAGACAGCCACUGGUGGGUACUACCUCACCGACACAGGCUCAGGCCAGUGCCCCUGGGACGCACGGGCCAAUUGGCCCAUCAACGGCGACCUCGGUUCGUGCGAGUCCGCUAUUGGUGGUUCCGAGGCGGGCUUCGAGGUGACGGGUUCCCUCACCUUCGGACACCCGCCCAGCAAGUAG